AUGCGCUGGAAAGCUGGCACCCUCCCUUUCCUGGCUGGGGCGACGAUCGUGGCCGUCGUGUCGCUGUUCUCGUGGCCCGCAGCUGCCCAAGCACUCUCAUUGACCUUCUACGACUCACCGACGACAUGGCCAGAGGCAGAAUGCUUCUGCAAGGAGCAAGGCGGUCACCUGGCAAGCAUCUCCUCUCCUGACGACAUUGCCGCUAUCGCUGCUGUCGCACCGACUGGCCGUUUCUGGAUCGGUGGGCACGAGGUGUCGCUGUCGGCAGACCUGACUGGAUCCCCUCGCUCUUUCGCCUGGACAGACCAAGUCGCCUUCAACGCUUCCAUCAUUCCAUGGGGCAUGGAUCAGCCAGACAAUGCAGCCGGCACGGUACAUGAGCGCGGCAUCUCUGCCCAACUGCAGUCCGGCGUGCAGCUUGCGGCAUUUGACGACGACACCACGCUGCACCUUCCCUUUCACGAGUACAAGCACCAGCACAACCAGCAGCACCAGUACAAGCACGAGUACGUCUACGUCCACUUCAACCUCGACCUCCACAAGCACCAGCACAAGCACCAGCACGAGUACAUCCACUUCAACCUCGACCUCCACAAGCACGAGUACGUCUACGUCCACGUCGACCUCCACCUCUACGUCGAUGUCCACAACCAGCAGCACCAGCACAAGCACAAGCACGACAGCACCAGCACCUCGACCUCGACCUCCACGUCAUCAUCGCAUGAGCCGUGCCUCACCAGUGUUGAUGCAGAUAUCGUCCUUGUCUUGGACUCCUCCAUCGCCAUUGGCAGCGACGGCUGGCAAGACCUACAGCAGUUUGCUCGCCGAUAUGUUGAGAACAUCGACAUUGCCCUCGACCGAAUGAGGGUGGCCAUGGUGUCGUUCUCAGACACGUCCACGACUGUGUUUGACUUUGACGACCACGGCGACGUGGGCAGCAUGAAGGCAGCCAUCACCGCUGCGCCCUACCACAACAGCGGGCCCAGUGCCGUUGCAUCUGCCCUUCAAGCCAUCAUCCCGUCCCUGCUUGAGAAUCCCGCUGCAGGGCGGCGCCUCUCCGUCCCCUCUGUUGUCAUCGUCGUCACAACAGAGACCAGCGAGCCAGAAGCACUGCUGCAGUCGACAGCAGCAAGCGUGGCGGGCACGGGCGCGCAGGUGUACGUGAUUGGCGUUGGCGCCUUUGAUCCAUUGCGCAACACGGUGGAUGAUCUGUCCACUUUGAAUGCUUGGGCGCGCGAGUUUGCCACCACAGAGCCUGUGGCUCGCUGGUCCACAGCAACACUGGCCGUCAUCCAGACCGUGUGCGACCGCUUCGACGGCUGA